AUGAUGUCUUGGCUAAAAUCUGCGUCUUUCGGCGGUGAAGAUGUAUUUGAUGAGAAUGCGGACGAACUUCAUUUACAAAGUAAAGAAUGGACAUCCAACAUGAAGAAACGCAUCAAGGAUGGCUAUGUGGACGGAGUCAGUGCUGGAGAGGAGGCCUCGCUACAGGUGGGAUUUAACCAGGGCUUCAGAGAAGGAGCAGCUCAAACUGUGGCUGUGGGUCGCCUCAAAGGGAUUGUCAGCGCUGUAUGGUGCUGGUGCCAGAUCCAACAUCCAGAAAAGCCUGUCCCAGCCGGUGUCAUCGACCUUUUGCAACUAGUAACGCAACACGAAGAAGGAAUCAUAGACGGCAUUAGGAAAGCACUGGAGAAUCCUCCUCCUAGUGUGAGCGACGUCUCUGAGAGCAUGGAGGAUCUGGAGGUAAAGCAGCCCGGUCUGGGCUGCGGCGGAACAGGCUGUGAAGACACGGACUGCUGCAGGAGCGAACAAAAAAUGGACUUGGAGAGUUCUCACCAUCAGCACAAUCUAAGCUCUGAGCCCAGUGGUUUCCCCUCCAGGUCACACGAGGGUCUGGACCUGCUUGUGCGGCGCUGCAUGGAUCUGGUUUCUGAGCUGGGACUUCCACAAGAACUGAUCCAUCACAUAGAGGAGCUGAGGAACUCAUAGCAGUUAAUGUCAUAAGAACCAAUACUUGAUGUGAUCUAGACAGGUUUUAAAGAUUUAUUUGAUGUGCAUAGUGUAAAUAAUUUGUAUUUGCAAU